AUUAGAAAAUCAUUCUACUCCCAUCAACUCUCCUCGACAGUUCAUGGGUUGCAUAGUUCUUCCCUCUUUUGAUGUGAGCAAUCGGAUGAAUUCCUUUCUCUUCCUCUAAUGUCAUACCUUCCUCAACAAGUCAGAUAUCUUUUGUCAGAUCGACAUCCUCCUUUCUCAUCAACCGAAUUGCUUUGAUUGAAUCCGAUUUAAGUUCAAAGUAGCAGUAAGAUGGAAGAAGGAAAGUUGGUGAGAAUUGUGGAAGUUUGUAAGAUUUGUCCCUCCAAACAUUCUUCAUCAGAAUCACAAUUCUCUCUUCCUCUCGCUUCCUUUGACUGGAUUUCCUUACGAGUCCCUCUGCUUCAGCGCCUGCUUUUUUAUCCACAAACACAAACACAUGAUUAUUCUUUCACUGAUUCCAUCGUUCCCACACUGAAGCGCUCUCUCUCUCUUACUCUCACCCACUUUCUUCCUCUCGCCGGCAACGUCGUUUGGCCGGAGGAUUCUGCCCUACCUUUCUUUCUCUAUUCCCCCAACGACGGCGUCUCCUUCACCGUCGCCGACACUACCCAUGCCGACUUCCACCAUGUCUCCGGCGGCCAUCCACGUCAGAUCCACGACUGUUUGCCCUUCAUACCCACCAUCCAAUCUUCUGAUUCUUCCACUCCCAUUUUGGCCAUACAGCUCACUCAUUUUCCAAAUCACGGGUUUUCCAUUGGCUUUGCCGCCCACCACGUGAUCUUCGACGGCCGAAGUUUCACCCUUUUCGUCAAAGCAUGGGCCUACAUCUCCAAACUCAUCGCAAACCAAUUGGAUUUGGAUUUGGAAUUUUGUCCUUUGCCACCGGAACUCACCCCUUCAUUUGAAAGGCCUCCCAAUGUUCUUCGAAACCCGUUCGAUUACGUCCCCAAAAACAGAAGCGUGAAGUGCAACACAGAAUAUUUGCCUACAUCCAACUACCUCAUGGCCACAUUCCAACUGACUCCAACACACAUACAAAAACUCAAGAAAAGGGUGUUGGAGGAAGUAGAGAAAGAAGAAGCUGAAGAAUUGCAUUUAUCCACAUUCGUGGUUGCUUAUGCGUAUGCUUUGAUAUGUUUCAUCAAAUCAAAAGGAGGGGAGUGUAAAGAGCUUCUGAAUUUUGAAUUCGCCGUGGACGUUCGUGGUGUGCUGGAUCCGCCAGUUUCGAGCACCUAUUUUGGUAAUUGCCUGUCCAAUCCGGCGGCGCUGAUGGAAGCAAGGGAAGUUAGAGAAGAAGGUGGGCUUUCCAAGAUCGCCAAGAAAAUCAGCCACAUGAUUGUGGAAUUGAGAAGAACCCGCACAGUGAAGGUGUCUACAAUGGCCGACUGUAUUCAGUUUCAAACCAAAUACUUUUCAACAGCUGAACUUUGUUGGGUUGCAAGUUCGCCCAAGUUUAAGCUCUAUCAAACAAAUUUCGGGUGGGGAAACCCUAACAAAGUUGAGAUGGUUCUGUUGGGAAAGAACAUGAUGUAUUUGAUAGACACCAAAGAUGGAUCUGGAGGCGGAGUUGAAAUUGGUCUCCUUUUCCCCAAUCGUCAUCAAUGGGAGAUUUUUGCUUCUCUCUUCGCCGAAGGUAUUAAUUAGCUAGUCUAUUUGGUUUCUUUUCCCUCUUCCCCUCGUCUCUUAACUAGAGACAGGUGUCUGUUAUCGGUUAACUAAACUCAUAGCAGUUCAAAUUUUAUUUCUUCGUCGUUUAUUAUUUUACUUGUUACGUCA